UAUGAGUGUAUAGCAAAAUAGUGAGAACAGCAAUAUGGAUGGAGCGAUGAGGAAACCGUUCAUAAUCAAGCAAACAAACAGUAUUUCAGAUCAACAAACACAAGUUGAAGGUGGGUUAUUGAAAGAAAACAAAGAAAGUCUAUGGAUGGUAUACUUCAGCACUUUUGUUUCGAUUUGGGGCUCUUUUGAGUAUGGUACGUGUAGGGUACUCAUCACCUACUCAAGCUGCAAUCACAGAGGAGCUUAAUCUAUCUCUAGCAGAGUACUCAGUAUUUGGCUCUAUAUUGACUAUUGGUGCAAUGGUUGGUGCAAUCACAAGUGGAUCAAUUGCUGAUUUCAUCGGUCGAAAAGGGGCAAUGAGAAUGUCAAGUGCUUUUUGCAUUACAGGAUGGCUUUCCAUAUAUUUUGCUAAGGACGCACUGGCACUCGAUGUUGGAAGACUUGCUACGGGAUAUGGAAUGGGAGUCUUUUCCUACAUGGUGCACUCUUUAGUUCCCUAAAUAUCGAAUAAUUUUAUUUGGUAAGUCCAACCUAAAGAUCGAAUAAGCAUUAUCAGAGCAUAACAAGCAAAUGGAUGAAACAGGUACCUAUUUU